GCUACACUGUUUUCUUUUAAAAUUUAAAUAUUGAAGUUUAGAAUGAUUGUUGUAAUGUUUUUACUUUCAAUAAUUGCUCAGUGGUUUAAUCUUAUGCAUUUGUACAUGCAAUGGUGCAAUAGAAAAUUAAGAUUUAGACGUUGGUGGGUGAAACGUCACAUUACAAAUGAAAUGCGCGAUUUAUUUGGUGCCUACCAAACACUUUUUAUUUACUUUGCUCAAAAUGAUCAUGAGGAAUUUUACAACAUGACAAGGAUGACACCUCAUCAAUUUGAAACUCUAUAUGGACUUAUUCGACACAGGCUAAUUAAAAGAAGUAAAAGGAGACCCCUAUCAAAACGGCUUCGUUUGAUAAUUACAUUAAAUUACUUAGGUAACGGGGAUAGUCAUAAAACAACAUCUGCUUUCUUUCGGAUUGGUAAAUCAACAUCAUACCAAAUAAUUGCCGAAGUAUGUGAUGUUAUUUAUGAUUGUUUAUUUCCUAUUUAUUUUGCAAGAAAAAAUUCUUUUGAUUGGAAAGUCGUGGCUCGUGGAUUUCAUACAAAAUGGAAUUUUCCCAAUUGUAUAGGAGCAAUCGAUGAGAAAGAAAUCCGCAUUAAAAAACCUCCUCGUUCUGGAACCUUAUUUUUCAAUUACAAAAAAUUUUGCAGUUUCAAGUUACUGGCAAUUUGUGAUGCUUUUUAUAGGUUCACGUGGAUAGACGUAGGAGAUUUCGGAUCUGUCAGUGAUAUAUCUGCGUUUAGGUACACCGAUUUUUAUACUGCAUUAAAAAAUAAUUUAAUAGAUUUACCGCCAAAUGCUCCUCUACCUAGAACAAAUAUUGUUCUCCCACACUCUUUCGUCGGUGAUGAAAAUUUUCUUCUUGAAAAUUUUAUGAUGAGGCCUUAUUCGAGAGAUCGUGGGUUAGAUGAAAGAAGAAGAACAUUCAAUUACAGGCUAUCAAGAGCAAGAAACUGCAUAGAAGAUGCAUUUGGAAUUUUGUCAUCAAAAUGGCGAAUUUUACAAAGAAGCUUGGACUUCAAAUUACAAACUUCUAUAAAUGUAGUAAAAGCAUUGGUUUGUCUUCAUAAUUUUCUUUUAACUGAAGAACUACUUUUGGACGAAGGGGAUAGAUUGUAUUUUCCCGAAAAUCCAGGACAAAACAUAAAUAAUAAUGACAAUCUUGUAGUUGAAGAAAAUUAUGAGAUUCCUCUGGUUGCUGUCCAACAAAGAGAAAUAUUGUCAGAUUAUUUUAUAGCGGAAGAAGGUGUCCUGAACUAAAAAGUCCCUUCUAUAUUAAAUGGAUUGAAAAAUUUAAUAAACGUGUAAAAUAAAACAUUUUGUCAAUGUUUUAAUAAACUAUUUUUAUAAAAUUAUCCUCUUCAAUGUUUCAUAAAUUUUUUAAUAAUUUCUUAAAUAAUACACGGUUUUUUAAGUUCUUAGGAUUCAAAUUUUUUUAUAUAAUAACAAUUAUUUCUAAACAUUCACUUAUAUUAUCUUUCUUCUUAAAAAAUACUAAACG